AUGUUUCAGGGAGGUCCGUUCACAGAAGGAUCGGUUCAGGGAAGAGUUGUGUCACGAAAAAAUAAGAAGUUAUUAUUGACAUUUAUAGAUGAAAUAUAUGCUUUCAACAAACUACUAUCCGUUCCAAAUGGUCAGACCGCUGGUUGCUUUUUGAAUAACUUGGAACGGAUAGGAGAUGAUACUCCUGUUGUCUUCCCCAUUCAAACCGCAACUGACCUGAAAAAGAAAGAAAUAUUUAUUGAGCUGAAAGACGGUGUUUAUUUUUUAAAACCAUUCUUUGAAAUCGGCGAUUGUCCUGAAUUUAUUCGCGAAAAUGCAGACAAAAAGAUAUUUUUAAUAUCAUCUGGCACAAUGGGUGAACUCAUCGUACCGCAAAUUGCGGAAUGGCCACAAAUUCAUGGUAUUUAUAUAUUUUGCGGUAACAUUGCAUAUCAUGUAGAGUGGGCUUUGGACUACUCCGAAUAUAUAACGUCAUUCUCAGAUCAUCAAGAUGAUUUACUCCUACGAUUAACAAGGGACAUUGCCAUGUACUUGGAGAAAAAAGGGGAUGAUUACCUAGACCUAAUGGAAACUGCUAAAUCAAGAAGUUGCUACGCAUGGGCAAUUAAAUUAAUUCUUCGCAUGCGUCAAGUGAAUAACAGACUUUACAGAGAUAUACAUGAUAGAGUUAUGGCAAAGUUUCAAUCAGCAGAAAUCGCUUCCGAAUGCACGGAAGAACAAGAUGAAAUGAACAAUAGGAAGAACGAAAUACCAAGCCAAUCGACUAAUCGACAUACGAUGGCUGAAUCUCCUUCGUUAACGCCAAAAUUAAUAACGGGAAAAUCCACUAUUGAUGACAAUGACCAAAUAUCAAGAUUAUUCAACGAUGUACAGGAUUUUACUGCUGUAUACUUUCAUGCUGCCCAUGAAGAAAAUAAUCAAACUCACAAUACUUUAAAAAGUAUUUUCAAUCAUUUGAAACUGUCUGUUUCACUCUGCGAGUGUAUUCAUUAUAUGUACUCACGUAAAACAAGUAAUAUUUUUUUUAUUGUAUCAAGUUCAUUAAGCAAGUUAAUUAUUCCGCUACUAGAUGAACUAUCACAGAUUAAGAUAAUUUACGUUAUAUGUGAAGAUAAAAUUGAAGAGGAUGAUUGGAUAAAACCAGAGUAUUUAAAAAUCCAUAAUAAAAUUAUUAUUAAUAAAAAUUUACUUUUUGAACAAUUAAGAAAAGAUAUUUCCGAACACAUGCGUUCAAUAGAUAGAGCCGCACCGCUACCAUUAAGUCAGUUUAGAUACACUGAAAAAACUCGUGCAAUACAAGAUUUAAGUAAAGAAUCAGUUAUCUUUAUUCAUUUUCAAUUAUUAAUUGAAAUGUUACUUCGUAUGCCGCCAUCAUCUAGGGCAAAAAAGACUUUUUUAGAUGUAUGUCGUCGGUAUUAUUCAAAUGAUGAAGUAGAACUGAGAAACAUUUCACACUUUGAGGGUACAUAUAAGUCAGAUCAAGCAGUUUUAUGGUAUACCCGUUCUUGUUUUGUUCGUUUAAUGAAUCAAGCGUUACGUACGCGAGAUCCUGAUUAUUUGUAUAUGUUUCGUUCUUUUAUUAUUGAAUUACAUAAUCAAUUAACCGAAUUAUAUAAUAGUCGCCCUCAACUGCCACUAUCACCCAUCUAUAGAGGCAAUGUUCUACCAUCUAGCGUGAUUCAAAAUUUGAAAGAAAAUAUUAAAGGACUUGUAUCGAUGGACACAUUCUUAUCAGCAACUACAAAUCAACAAAUCAGUGAUAUUUUUUGUGGAAAAGGUGAUUCGAUUAGUCCAGAUUGUGAGCGUGUAUCUUUCAAAUUCAAUAUUAAUCCUAGUAUCAAAAGUAAACCUUAUGCUUCAAUUGCAAAACAUAGUGCUGUGGAACAUGAAGAUGAAAUAUUAUUUUCAAUUGGUCCCGUUUUUCGAAUAAAGUCCUUUAAUGAAGACAGACAAAAUGAAAUUUUGAAUUUCGAAUUAGACUUAACCGAAGAAAAAAAUCAACGUUCUGUUGAAUUAACAGAUUAUUUAAAAAAGCGCAUUGGUGAAACACCAACACUCUUAACACUAGGAGAUUUUUUAUGCGAAAUUGAAGAAAUACCAAAAGACGAUGAGCGUAGAGCGAUGAUUUAUAAUAGUUUGGGAUGUCUUAUGUAUGAAAUGAAAAAUAUUGGAGCUGCACAAAACUAUUUCGAACAAGCAAUUGAAAUAAUGAAUAUCAUCAACAGUAAUUACCAAUUAAUUAUUUUAACUAGAUGCAAUUAUGAAAUGGCUUAUUUCGAUAGCCCUCUACAUCCAGCUACAUCACACGCAGAAGCAAUUGAAUUGCUAACACAAGCCACAUCAGCCAAAUACUUCGAGUCACAAAUCUUAAAUAAUAUAGGUCGUCUUUAUUAUAAAAAAUUUGAUUAUCCUAAUGCGAUGGAGAAAUUCAAUCAAGCACUUGAUCUUCUAAACGAAUUGAAAGUGCGUUAUCCACCUGAUUAA